UCCUUGUGAUACAGUAUUUUUGUGUAAUAUUUAUCCCAGGCUUCGGAAGCAAACACACUGAGAUGUUUAGAAAGAAGCGACAGAAGAAUGAAACCGUAUGUUGUUCGGUUGAGGUAGGUCACAUUCUUUACCGCGCUGUUCAACAGCUUGCCAGGGCUUAUGAGGGAGGUGUGUGUGUAGCCCACAAAAACAAGAUCAGUGAAGCGGGGGGAAGGGGAGGAGGUGCGACUGUACUUACGGAGGCAGGUUAGGAGGAGCCUGACAGAAGGAGUAAAUACUACAGACGGUGGAGGCUCUUGGGCCACUGGUGCUCUGGAGAUCACCGGAGACGCGAGCUGUUUUCAGCGCAGACACUCAACUAACGUUAGUCCAUGCCACAACGAUGCACGCUUUGUCUUUGAACGCAUUGAACGAGGAAGCACCAGCUAUUUGAUAGGUAACGUACAGGAAGAGGGAGACAUUUAUGAACAGGGUUUUCUCCUGCGUCGCGUUUUGGUUUAAACGGCAUAUUAAAACCUGGAUAACCUUCACAGACUGCAACAAACUGACUUUUUUUUUAAAGUUGCGACUGGAAUAUUAUUGAAGUUUUUUGUUAUACGCUCGAAAUUAGUGCUGUGUUUGGAUUUUUAACGCAAGGAAAGGAAAUUAACAUUCAGUUGCAUCGACAGUAUCUUGCCUUAUUUUAAUUGUAUUGUAUAGCCAUUAACGGCUGUCGCACAUCUUUUAUUUUUUAUUUAUUGACACGUGCUUCAGAGCAGCCUCACGUUGUUAAGAAAGGAGAGAUAAAGCGCACAUAUCAUAUUUUGUGCGAGAUAGUAUACGGGCUGUAUAUGUGUACAUUAGAGUCUCUAUCUGAGAUCUGACCAGCAGUACGCGGCUCUAGCAUCACCGCUCAAUAUCAAGGACUGAAUAUCUCAAUUAGCAACAUGACGGAUGGACCGAGACAAAGAGGCAGCGCAGCCCCGAGCACGAGCGAGGAUGCAGCCGCAGACACGGCCAAUGCCGCAGGACAGUCAUCGGUGGCGCUGAAGAAGGAGAUUGGUCUCGUCAGUGCUUGUGGCAUUAUUGUCGGUAAUAUUAUUGGCUCUGGAAUCUUUGUCAGCCCAAAGGGAGUACUGGAAAAUGCGAGUUCAGUGGGCCUGGCCCUCAUCGUAUGGAUCGUCACAGGCGUUAUAACAGCGAUCGGCGCACUCUGCUACGCUGAGCUGGGUGUUACUAUCCCCAAAUCUGGAGGCGACUACUCUUAUGUCAAGGACAUCUUCGGAGGGCUGGCAGGGUUUCUGCGGUUGUGGAUUGCUGUGUUGGUGAUCUACCCCACUAACCAGGCGGUUAUUGCUCUUACCUUCUCCAACUACGUCCUGCAGCCUCUGUUCCCCACCUGCUUCCCCCCAGAGAACGGUCUGCGUCUGCUUGCUGCCAUCUGCUUGUUGCUCCUGACUUGGGUGAAUUGCGCUAGUGUGCGCUGGGCAACACGAGUACAGGAUGUCUUCACUGCAGGGAAACUUCUGGCCCUCAUUCUUAUCAUCAUCAUGGGCAUAGUACAAAUCUGCAAGGGCGAGUAUUACUGGUUAGAGCCGGCCAAUGCUUUUGAGCCGUUUCAAGAAUAUGAUGUUGGUCUGAUCGCUCUAGCAUUUCUACAGGGGUCCUUUGCCUACGGUGGCUGGAAUUUCCUCAAUUAUGUCACAGAGGAGCUCGUCGACCCCUAUGUGAACCUUCCCCGUGCUAUUUUUAUCUCCAUUCCCCUUGUGACCUUUGUGUACGUUUUUGCUAACAUUGCUUACGUCACUGCCAUGAGCCCUCAGGAACUACUGGCUUCUAAUGCUGUAGCUGUGACGUUUGGUGAGAAGCUGUUGGGAGUGAUGUCAUGGAUCAUGCCCAUCUCUGUGGCCUUGUCCACAUUUGGGGGGGUCAACGGCUCCCUCUUCACCUCCUCUCGGUUGUUCUUUGCGGGUGCACGUGAAGGUCAUCUACCUAGCUUACUGGCUAUGAUUCAUGUGAAGCGCUGCACCCCAAUUCCAGCCCUUCUCUUCACCUGCAUCUCAACACUUCUGAUGCUGUGCACCAGUGACAUGUACACACUCAUCAACUAUGUGGGUUUCAUCAACUACCUCUUCUACGGUGUGACUGUUGCGGGGCAGAUCGUGCUGCGCUUUAAACAACCAGAUAUGCACCGGCCAAUUAAAAUCAGUCUGGUGUGGCCUGUCAUCUAUCUGCUGUUCUGGGCCUUCCUGUUGAUUUUCUCUCUGUACUCGGAGCCUGUGGUGUGUGGCAUUGGCUUGGCCAUCAUGCUUACUGGAAUCCCUGUCUAUUUCUUGGGCGUGUACUGGGACAACAAACCACAGUGUUUCAAUACAUUUGUUGACAAGAUGACAUACCUGGGUCAAAAGUUUUGUGUAGUGGUCUACCCAAUGGAGGAGGAGAAGAAAAACGAGGAGUCUGAAGAAGAGAUUGAACUGAAGGAACAGUCGGUUCCACUGUCAGCCCAGGAUGAGCAGACAUCGAAAUCAGCUGACUGCUGAGCAGACAUAUGGAAACAUACUUAUUCACUCACAUACGGGCAGCCAGAUUUAUUCAGAUAGACACUGGAAAUGAUUUUUCACAUACCUCUGUAUUUUGCCUUUUCAUAAAGAGGGGGUUGCACUGGAGUGCAGUGGCUAAGCUCAGGAGACGAAUGAACAGAGACUAGCUGCUCCACAUGUCAUGUGGUUCUGCUGUAGUGGUCUUAUACAAUGUUCUCCGUUCUCUCCAGUUUGCUAGUCUCUUAGCAACUGCUUUCUACUCCAUUGGCUGUGCAACAGAAUUACAACAUUAAAAUGUGGGAUGACGUAAAUCUCUAGAAUGUAUUACUUAUAAACAGUGGUUUGGAAGGGUCUGCAUUUUUUUAAAAAGACCUUUCUGAAACAUUUUUUUUUUCUAUGAGAAUAAAAUUCCGUUUAAUUUAUGCUAAAAAUGCCAAAACACAUCAUGGCUUCGCCUGAAAUGGUGGCAGGGUUCAUUUUAUUUAUUUAUUUAUUAUUUAGUACAUUCUAAUGUUCUAAUUCUUAACCCCUCUUUAUUUUUCCUUUUUAUUAGUUAUCUCCCAACACUCCCAGGAAUAAAUGUUUUUUAUAACCCAAAGCUGUAUUUUAAUUUGACAUUUUCUCAUUUCAAGUGUAUUUCAUCACACCAAAACACUCAGAAGCAUUUCUUUUUAUAUAUUUUGAUAUUUUUGAUUGUCCUGUUCUAAUCAUAUUCCUUUGUCAUUAUGAUUU